AUGGGUAAUCGCAACUCUUCUCAAAAAAAAUCAAAAGAUAUUGGUAUUAGUUCACAAUCGUUAAAUCCAAAGAAAAAAUUGAAUUUCUUUCAUGAUAACGAUCAAAACAGUACCAGAAAAACUUUUAAACGACCAAAAAAAAUUCAUAAAACACUCAUUAGCCUUCCUUCAAACUUUCAGCAUACUGGACAUAUCGGAAUUGCUGAAUUGCGUAGUGGAAAAGUUGAUCCUGAAAAAGUUAAAACUCAAAUGGCAGAAGUUGCUGCUGCUUUACGUUUAGAAUCUAUUGAUACUCCAACUCAACAAAUACCAAAAUCGAACCCGAUUCAAAAUUCAUCUUUUACUUCAAAUUCUCCAAAUUCACCAUCACAAUUUCAUGUAAAGAGGAAACAAACGUCAUCAACAAUACCAUUGUCACAUGAACAAGUUACCAUUACACCAAUUUCAUCACAAAAUAAACCGGUAGUGAAUCCAAUGGAUGAAGUAAUGGCUGCUUUGAAAUUGCCUGCUGAUGGAAAUUUCAAUGAUUUUAUUAUAAAUAAUUCCAAUGAUUUGAAG